AUGAAUAUAUAUCAUCUAAAUCCGACCGUUAUCUUUCAUACGUAGACUCACUUGAUAUGUUUAUGUAGUAUUUUAAAAAAAAAUGAAAAAAAAAAUGCUUAACCUCUCCAUUUACCCGGGCUGUUACUGUCAAGUUUCCCCAUGGUUGGCCUCAUAGUAGAUAAUAUUUGAGUAAUUGGUCGGCGACCGGGUAAUAAUACAGCCGUCUUUAUGUACCCUGACAUCGACGAAACACGCCACUUUAUUGCCAAACAUGCUAUAUACCAUGUUAGGAUAUUGCUGUGUAAUCAUAACUAUACUGUGCCUUAUAUUGUAUAAAAGUAGACUCGCGACUUAUGAUACUUCGGUGGGCGUGACACUUCACGAACUCGUAACUACCAAUUAUUGUAUCUCGUGAUACAAUUUAAUAGACUUUUAAAAAUAUAACAAAAAACACGUAAGGAUCCAAUACAGACACUGGACCCAUACAAACAUAUUUGUGCGGUGUGAUAUAUGCAUAACAGUAGUAGUAAUAGCAAAAACAUCAGUAUACAUGCAUUGUGCUUAGAGCAGAAAAACAAUUGUUACCUGAUAUGCCCGUAGAAAAGUAUUCCGUCAUCGGGAACAAUAGCGGGGCUGGAAAAGAAUGUAGCUUCCUAUGACACGUGACCGAGAACUGAUGGCUUGAUGACAACUUUCUCUAACUAAAACUUUGGAGGUAUCGCUGCUGGGAUAACCUUUAUACACAUUUGAAGAUCAUACCGGCAACGCCGAGAUGAGGUCAUAAAAAGAUUUACCCCUCUUGGUUGAAAGUAUCAUCAUGAUUCAACGUCCCCCAGUCAAGGUGCUAAUUUGCCUUGUCAUCACCGUGCUUGCCUUAGUCAUGAUACAGAAUCUGACUAUCAGCAAUAUGCACUUCAGCGAUUACACAAAUCAAUUGGCAACGAAUGUCAGCUUCAGGCAUAGUGAUUCAUCGCUCUCGAAUAUCAUUAAGACAGCAAUAAAAACGCCAAUGGCGGCUAUUUCCAGAAACAUCCUGAAUCGUUAUUCCGAAUAUCGUCAGAUACAACGAGUUGCUGAUUUUAAAGAACUUUAUGAUCCUCGGUUUUGUGUGGUAGAGCUAGAUGUUGACAGGAAAACAAAGACAUUCACGGCAGGUACAGAACUCAUAGCGAGAAUACACCUCUAUAAUGGUAACAACAAGUCCCUGACUCAAGGAGGCGACUUCCUCAACAUUUGGCUGAAAAAUGCGGACGGAAGUUCGUCUGUGGCUGGUUACGUGGUUGACAAUAUGAAUGGAACCUACACAGGUCACGUGAUGGCGUUUUGGGCGGGAAAUGUAUCAGUGAAAGUGUCUGUCACCAACACGAAGGAGGGGAUCGGUUUAUUCACAAAUUACGUGCACGUAUAUGGCUCUUAUAAAUUCAUAAAUGCAACAUUUGUUGAGAACAAGAAAAGCGAGAUGACUCAAUGUGCACCAAAAACAUCUGGUUGGCUGAACAAAACAUAUGGAGGAUUCUGUAAUUUAACACAUGAAAACUAUAAUAUCUCUUUAUUUUGUGGAAAGCCCAAAUCUGUUCCGUGUGAGAAAUGGGUAAAGUAUGGCUGGGACGAUUCUUUGUACUACGAUGACAUCACAAGGAAAAUACUCAGAUAUAAGGAUGUGCUGCUGGAGCAGAUCCACUUGACUAUUGUUCCAAGCUCCAAAGGAGAUCUAGACUAUCCGGCGCCUUCUACUCACUGCAAUGUAUUGCCUCGUGCCUUAACAUGGAACAGUACUGUACCGUCAGGCUUCCUCUACAGGGGAGCGUAUCACAACCUUAUCUGCCAGCCCACAGUAAACCGAAGUAAGGAGAAGUAUCUGGCGUGUCUUAAAGAUAGACCUGUCAUUUCGAUUGGUGAUUCAACAACCAGGCAGUGGUUCUUCCGUCUUGCGUCUUUCUUAAAUAUCAAGGAUUCGGCACAUAUUUCAGCUCAUGCAUGGCAAAAGUUCGCCCGUGCGUAUAACACCACAUCGGGAUUGGACACUGAAUGGCAGCCGCACGAGCUUCCCUUCCACGGGUCACCGGGGUCAGAUAGGAAAACCGUUAAGUCUGUAGCCCACAGACUGGACAAAAUCCCGGGGAACAGCUCUGCCAUUGUAAUCAUCCACUGGUAUGCCCACAUCGCGAGGUGCUGUGAUCACGUAGAUUUACGGGAUCACGUGCAACAUGCAAAGGCUGCCGUUGUGAAGCUUCUGACGAGGUCCCCGGAUGUUCAGGUUUUCAUUAAAGGUCCUCACCUCAUAACAUAUUUCAAUGCAAACAAGCCAUAUGCCUACAUUGGAAUGUUCGUGGAACAGGUUUUACUGGAAGAGUUCAAUGAUUUACUGCACAAAGUAAUUUACCUUGACCAGUGGGACAUGUCAGUGGCAGCCGAAAACGUCAAUAUUCAUCCAAAUCCACUGUUGGACGAUAUAUCACUGAACAAUCUUAUCAAUUUUGCAUGUAAAGCAAGUUAAAGCUUGUUGUUUAUAUUGGCUUUCAUGGUUAAGUGUAAUUGUAUAUAAAAAAAACCCGAUAGAACCUUACUCAUCAAUUUGCUAUUAUACAACACAACUUUCUUUUUAUCAAAACAAUACGAAUAUAAUACACAUUUUGUGAGAUAUAUAUUUGUGCUUAGAAGUUUGUCGUUCUAUAGAGUAACAAGCAAUAAGUUCAUCAAUUUUCUUGAUGGAUGCAGAUGAUAUGGUGCUAUUGGCCGACACUGCUGAGGGUUUCAGAAAUACCAGAUACGCUAAUAAGAUUAAGUGCCUUAUAGUAAUCACGAUGUCCGUCAACACUUUAAAUUCUCGAGAUUAUCUCUGAAUCCAAAAGACUAAUCUUUCUGAAAUAUUGACAUGGUGAUACAGAGUGAAAAGUAGAUGUGCAAUAAUAUUUGGCAACUUUUUGCUGUUUUAUUAACGCUCCACUCCCAAUACGAUCAUCGACCAACAGUUCACUUAAAGCAAAUGACAUUUUCGAAAUAUUUCAAUUUAAACGUGUCGGUGUUGGUCAAACAUCAAAAGAUGCAUUACCAAUGCUACCAACUCUUGUGACACUAUGAGUUUACCCAAUAGUUAACCUAAUUAAUUAAUGUGAUUAAUUUAUGUUAGAUUCAUCCUAUCUUUGGGUUGUAAGUCGUGUGCUAGUCGGGGUCAGUUAUGGGUCAAGUAGCAAUAGCCUAAAGGGUACAUGUAAUAUAGUCACAUAGGUAUGUACCAAUUGUUUAUGAUGACAGGUGUAUAGGUAUAAGGACAGAUGAUGGAUGAAGGCAAGAAUGUAACAUAUGUACUGGAAAACGUAUUUAACAGUGUGCAUCCUAUAUUCAGGGAGUCGGGAAUUAGCCAUGAGAACGACAGGUCAAUUUGGACCCAUGUUCAGAGAGUUCAGAGUAUGGGGAGUGUGGCCAUGGUUUGGCACAUGCCUAGUUACUGAGCUCGAAGUCAGAGACACAACGUGAAGUAUUACCAUACGUAGAUGAGAUGUUGUAACCACAUGUACAUGUACUUGUAAUGAGAUUGUUGAUGAACGUCUAUGAAUAAACAUUAUUAUUAUCAGCUG